UGCCUUGAUGAAUCUCGCACAGUGCCAUAACGUGUAAGGAUGAGGCUGUUGUAGUCAGCUGAGAUAUGCCUUCAAGAUUUGCUGUUAAAGUGAGACAGUGAAAUAGCUGAUUUUGUUUCUGGUGAAAGGACUAUCUUCCUCCAAUGUCUUCUUUCUCUAAGUGCUCUUUCUUUCUCUGGCAGCUACAGAUCGAGAUGCGGGUCUUCAGGAUCUUUUUCCUGUUCCUGUUUACCUGCUUUACUGUCUUCUUUCCUAACAAUUCACUACAGUGUGACAACCAAACACAGUACGAGAAAAAAAAUACAUGCUGUAACCUCUGUGAGCCAGGACACAGGGUAGAGAACUCCUGUGAGAAAGAACCCCCAAACACAAAAUGCAAAAAGUGCAGUCUUGGAUUUUAUAUGGACACAUACAACAAGGAAAGAGAAUGUCACCCAUGCUUUGACUGCACUAUGAAAUAUAUGAUGUACAUCACAGACUGCACUUCGACUAACAAUUCCGUGUGUGGGUGUGUGUCCGGGUACCGGUGCACAAACACGGCGUGUUUAAACUGCGAGCGUAUAACCAGCGAGACACCAGACACACCUUCGAAAGGCCUUGUAAAGCUCAUUACUACUAAAGCUACUGACCCAACUGCUUCCUGUGAGCCUGGUGCUUUCUACAGUGAGUCUUUUAGAAAGUGUCAAAAGCACAAGAACUGUACCUCCCUUGGCCUAAGCGUUGAGACUGCAGGAAAUUCUACUCACGAUACAGUUUGCGGCAACCCUAUAAGAAGUGCAGGUACAGCUCAUGUUUCUGAGAUUUUCUCAGAACAUUCACCUACUGUAAGCCCAAUUAAGGACUUAAAGGAAGAAAAGUCAUUAUUGUUUCUAUGUGUGGUAUGUAUGUGCAUAUCUGUCUUCCUGAUUGGUUUCAACUUCGCCUCACGGUGUCACCUGAGCAAGUGGAGAGCCAAUGGACUCAGGGUUCCCAGGGACGUGGAAGAGGAAGAUGCCCAGAAGCCAAUUCAGGAAGUGUGUGGAAAACUGGAAACAUGUUACACUGAAAAUUACUAGCUGAGAGUGGGAGUUUGCAACAGUUGACAAAUUGAUAAGUCUGAGGGGGUGUAUUAUGACAUUAGAGGCAGUGAACAGGGGCACAGAAAAGCACAAAGGAAGUGUGACAGUCGACAGGAGGAAGUGGAACGGCACUGAGGCGUACUGACAGAAUCACACACUACAGGCACUCCAUAUACACACUAUGGCUAAUGGCAUACAUAAACGCUGCUUACAUGCUACUGUUAUAUUUUAGAGUUACAGCUGUCAAUUUUAACUGCUAAUAAGUCAUUUUUACUAUGAUUUUUAAAUCCUAGAUUUAUACUUUUAUAUUUUUUUCCCACUCUUUAUAAUAAAAAAUCUUUUUCUGUCAA